AUGAAGAAAUUUUUUCAAACUUUUCUGUUGUUUUUAUUUUUAUUUAUUUAUUGUUAUGGAAAAAAAAAUUCUAAAUUUAAUCCCACUAUUAUAUCUAAAAUUCUUGAUCAUUUAACUAAUUCUACAAGAUAUGAUAAAAGAUUACGUCCUUUAUAUGGUGAAGAGGCUGUUGAAGUUGGUAUUACACUUCAUAUAAGUUCUAUUUCAGCUGUAUCUGAAGUUGAUAUGGAUUUUACUUUAGAUUUUUAUCUAAGACAAACAUAUAAAGAUAAUCGUUUAGCAUUUGGUGAAAUAGGAAAAGCAUUUAAAAAUAUAAAAUCAUUAACGGUUGGUGUUGAUUAUUUAGAAAAACUUUGGAAACCGGAUACAUUUUUUCCAAACACUAAAAAAUCAUCAUUUCAUAUAGCAACAACUCAUAAUUCUUUUUUACGAAUAGAACCUGAUGGAACAGUUUUUACUUCUCAAAGACUUACAGUAACAGCAACAUGUCCAAUGAAGCUUAAACUAUUUCCAAUGGAUAGUCAACUAUGUUCAUUAGAAAUUGAAAGUUAUGGAUAUAGUGUUCUUGAUAUACACUAUAAAUUUACUAAUGGAAAAGACUCAGUCACAAGAUCUGAAUUUGAAUUACCACAAUUUAUACUACAAGAUGUUAGAUUAGGAAGUAAGAUUGAAAACUUAACUUCCGGAAGUUAUUCAAGAUUAUUUUGUCAAUUUUUAUUUAAAAGAAAUAUUGGUUAUUAUAUUAUACAGAUAUAUUUACCUUCAAUAUUAAUUGUUAUUAUAAGUUGGGUUUCUUUUUGGAUUAGAAGAGAAUCUACUCCAGCAAGAAUAUCACUUGGUGUAUUAACAGUUUUAACUAUGACAACUUUAAUGACAACUACAAAUUCAACAUUACCAAAAGUUUCUUAUGUCAAAUCAAUUGAUAUUUUUCUUGGUUUUUCAUUUUUAAUGGUUUUUGCUUCACUUCUUGAGUAUGCUGCUGUAGGAUACAUGACAAAACGUAAAAAAAUAAUUUUAAAAAGAAAAGAGACAAAAUCUGCUUUGAUUAAUUUUGAAAAUAAAAAAAAUUUAACUAUUAAUGGCAAUAAUAAUUGUGAAUAUGAAAAUAUUAAUUUAGAAAGUAAUGAUAUUCAUAAUAUUUUUUCAAAUAAUAUUACAAAUAAUAAAAAAAGUUUAUUAAGUUAUCAGAGAAAUGAACAAGAUGAUGAGGAAGAUUCUCCUGGUGAUAAUUCACCACAAUUUAAUUUUAAUAAUUCUGUUUAUAAUAAUGAUAUUCAAAAUCAUAUGAUAAAUAAUGGUAGUUUGAUGUGUUCAAAUAUGAUGUUAAAUGAUGACAAUGGAAAAUGUAGUUUUGUUGUAUUGAAUCCUUCAAAUAUUGACAAAUAUUCAAGAAUAACAUUUCCAUUUAUAUUUUUAAUCUUUAACAUUGUUUAUUGGAUGACAUAUAUGUCAAUGGAAGAUGUGAAUUGGGAAUAA